GGCCGCUCGCGCCGCACACCCAGCCAAGGCCGCCGCGAGGAGCGAGCUGCGCCAGGCGCUGCACCCCGGGGCGCCUCGGCGAGCCCGGCGAGCCCCGGGAGCCCAGCAGGGCGGAGCCCGGCCCCAUGGAGCGGGCGCGGGGGGCGUGAGCGCAGCAGACAAAGGCGGCGGGCGGGCGGCGGCCCCCGGGCAACUUUCCUGCGGGCCCGGCGCGAGCCAUGGGCGCCCGGCGAGCCCCGGCGGCAGGCUCGGAAGGCAGCGGGGCCCCGGGAGCCUAGCGCGGGGUGGAGCGAGCCCCGCGGGCUGCAGGGUCCCUGCGGCGUCUCGGGCUCCCCCGCCGGCUCAGUGACGGCCGGGGGCUCGGCAGAAGCGUCGGGGGCGGCCCAGCCCUGAGCCGGGGCCGGGAGAGGCUGACCUUGGCCCCCCGGGGGGCGUAGGACAACCGGCAGCGCCAUGGGCGGGAGGGCUCGUCUGCAGCCCGCCAGCCCCACCGGCCUGCGGGGCUGGACUCUGCACCCGACGGGCUCUGGCGAGAUGCUCGGCUGGAGCCUGCUGCUGCUGCUGGCUUCCGUGGGGCGCAGCGAGGCGGCGGAGGAUGGAGCAGUCAGCGCGGAGGCCUGGCUCCGGCUCUACGGCUACCUCCCGCAGUCCAGCCGGCAGAUGUCCACCAUGCGCUCGGCGCAGAUCCUGGCCUCCGCGCUCUCCGAGAUGCAGAGGUUCUAUGGGAUCACGGUGACGGGUGUCCUGGACGAGGAGACCAAGCUGUGGAUGAAGCGGCCCCGCUGCGGUGUCCCGGAUCAGUUUGGAGUCCAGAUCAAAGCCAACAUGCGGCGGAAGCGGUACGCACUCACCGGGCGGCGCUGGAGCCAAACCCACCUGACCUUCAGCAUCCAGAACUACACGGAUAAGCUGGGGUGGUACCACUCGUACGAGGCCAUUCGCCGAGCCUUCCGGGUGUGGGAGCAGGCAACGCCCCUUGUCUUCCAAGAGGUCCCCUACGAUGACAUUAGGCACAAGAGGAGGAAGGAGGCCGACAUCAUGGUGCUCUUCGCCUCCGGUUUCCACGGAGACAGCUCCCCCUUCGACGGCGUGGGGGGCUUCCUGGCCCAUGCAUAUUUCCCCGGCCCCGGGAUGGGAGGGGACACGCACUUUGACUCGGACGAGCCCUGGACACUGGAGAACACCGACGUGUCUGGCAACAAUCUUUUCCUGGUGGCCAUCCACGAGCUGGGGCACUCGCUGGGGCUGGAGCACUCCAGCAAUCCCAGCGCCAUCAUGGCCCCCUUCUACCAGUGGAUGGACACGGAGAACUUCCAGCUGCCCGAGGAUGACCUCAAGGGCAUCCAGCAGCUGUACGGUGCCCCUGAUGGGCAGCCCCAGCCCACCCGGCCCCUCCCUACGGUGACUCCCCGCGGCCCCGGAAAGCCAGACCACAGACCCCCCAAGCCACCUCCCCCCGGUAAACCAGAUCGGCCCCCGAAACCAGGCAACCCGGACCGGCCCAGAACCACCGACCGGCCCGACCAGUACGGGCCCAACAUCUGUGAUGGGGAGUUCGACACCGUGGCUGUGCUGCGCGGGGAAAUGUUUGUGUUUAAGGGCCGAUGGUUCUGGAGGGUUCGCCAUAACCGGGUGCUGGACAACUACCCCAUGCCCAUCGGGCACUUCUGGAGGGGCCUCCCCGGGGACAUCGACGCCGCCUACGAGAGGCACGACGGCAAGUUCGUGUUCUUCAAAGGGGAUCGGUACUGGCUCUUCCGAGAGGCAAACCUGGAGCCCGGGUACCCGCAGCCCCUCACCAGCUACGGGCAGGGCAUCCCCUACGACAAGAUCGACACUGCCAUCUGGUGGGAGCCCACAGGACACACCUUCUUCUUCCGCGGGGACAGGUACUGGCGCUUUAAUGAGGAGACCCACUCCGCGGAUCCCGGCUACCCGAAGCUGAUCACCGUGUGGGUGGGCAUCCCUCCCACGCCCAAGGGGGCCUUCCUGAGCUCAGAUGCCUCGUACACCUAUUUCUACAAAGGCACCAAGUACUGGAAGUUCGACAAUGAGCGGUUGAAGACCGAGCCGGGGUACCCCAAGUCCAUCCUGCGGGACUUCAUGGGCUGCCACGAGGCACUGGUGCCGGACCCCGACCCCGGGCACCGAUGGCCUGACCUGGACAGACCUCCCUUCAACCCGGACGGCAGGGGCACAGGCGAUGACCGGGAGGGGGAUGAAGGGGAGGCCGAAGCACGCCCCGGCGACCGAGAGGAGCAGGAGGAGGAGGAGGAGGAGGAGGAGGACUACGGCGGCCCCACCCGGGGCAACGGCAACGACGUGGACAUCGUGGUGCAGAUAGACAAGUACACGCGGACCAUGAGCAUCGUCAUGGUGAUGGUGCCCCUGGUGCUGCUGCUUUGCGUUCUGGGCCUCAUCUACGCCAUCAUCCAGAUGCACAGGAAGGGGGCCCCUCGGAUGCUGCUCUACUGCAAACGCUCCUUGCAGGAGUGGGUCUGAUCCUGGACCACCCACACCCUCCCCAUCCUGACCCCCACCCACCCCCCGAUCCUCCUCUCCCACCACCAUGGUGCUAACAAAGAAGCUUGAGAAGACGAAGCCCCCAGAGCCUUUCCCAGACUACCUUACACCAAGAUUUUGCACAUUGAGUUGAAUGCGCUCGGCCAGGCCUGCUUCCCCCUCGAGCAUGUAGGAGACACCCCAGCACAGACUCCUCCUCCUCCGUGCCGACAGCCACCCCCUGGCCUUCCCGUGCCUGGAUCAAGGCCGCCUAUGGCCCCCUCCCUGCUGGGGGAGAGGGGGGUUGCUCCCAGUGUUCCCGCUGGGCGAGGGAGACUAUUUCCGUGCUCUGCAGCCCCGAUCUCUCGUCACUACAGGGCUGGCACUGGGGAUCAGCCGUUUGCUGGGGGCCCCCAUCUCUGCUUCACAGAAGCACAUGGGCUCCAAGCACCGAGCCCCCCAUGGGAGGGGACGGCUGGGUGGGUUUCCCUUAUGGCCCUCCUGGGCCAUGGGGGUCUCCCCCCCGUCCUCAGAUGCCAUCUCCCUUGGCUGUGUUCUCAGCUCGGCACCCAGCCGCAGGCCCGGAGGGGCAGAACUCGAAAUGCUUCUUCAGCUCAGCUCUUCCCCCAGGACUCAGCCCUCCUGGAUGUUUCCCUUUGGGGCCUAUCCACACGUCAUGCUUGUGUUGUCUGUGCCCCUCUGUGCUGCGUCCUGGCUGGGCCCAUGGAGCAGCGGGAGGGGAUCCUGGUCUGGGUGGUUCACCCCUGACAGGUCACCAGUCUGGUCAAUCCCAGGGGGGAUACGUCCUCCUGCCCGAGGGAAGGGAAGCCUUUUCCCAGCUGGCUCCUUGGCUCAUCCGAGGUGGUGUGGCUCCGAUGUCUGUGUCAGGGAGAGCCCCCACAGCUCCCCUCCCCGUCUCCUCGCAUCACUGGUCUUCGCAGCCCUGCUCCUCCCCGGAUUGGGUGGGCCAGCCACUCAGUGCACUGCCCUGGGGGAGUGGGGUGCCAUAUCCCCAGCCCCUCUUCUCACUCGCCUGGUUCGAACAUCUAGUGGCAGGUUUUCCCUGCAAGCAGCGCGCUGGCGGCAGGGCCCAGGGGAGAUGGCCUCUUCCAGGAGCUGCUGCCCAUGGCCACCCUUGGGCUGUGGACAUCGGCUUUCCCCUGCUUUUCAAUGCCAAGCUCCAGAAAGGGGAGGGCAGUGGGGUAGUGAGGGUGCACGUGCCAGCUGGAGAACUGGAUUCCAAUCCUGGCGCAGGUCACAGGUGACAUGAGUUUAACGGCCUCAGCCUUGUGUCUAGCAAGGAUUUUUAACGUGGACUGACCAGGAUUAUACAUCUGUUUAGGCAGGGCCCUGUGGCUAGAGUAGCUGGGGGAGCUGCAGGGCAGGACGGAGGGGCAUUGGCUGAGCUGGAUGGGAGCCCAGAACUGGAAUAGCAGGGGGGGCUGCAGGGUAUUGGCAGAGCUGAAGGUGCAAGAGAAGCCCGGUUCUGGCAGCUGCUGCUGAGUAUCCAGGCACUGGUUGGUUUCCGAGGCGUGCUGAGCUGGGCUUUCUGGCCCAGGCAGACGGGGUGGAGGUGACAUCACUGCGUUUAUUUCCUGUUUAACUGUUUGCAGCUGGGAAACGAGGGGGUAAGGAGCCUAAAGAUAGCAGAGGUCUCUGGAACCUGCCCUGGGAAGGCUGGCCAGGAGCCGAGGGCCUGUGCUUUCUCCCAGCCCCAGUGUGACACUGUUUGGUUCCCAUCAGGGCCUCCGUCCAUUGGGAAGAGGCUCUUUCGAUGGAAGUCACCCUGUAGCUGCUUUUCAUCCGCUUCCUUCUCCCCCGCACACCCACUUCCGAAACAAACCACAGCCUCUGGGGCCUGUGGGAAAUGGGGCUGGGAAAGCAGCAAGCUCCGCCGCCCAGCCCCCACCGCCCCAGAGCAGUGCGGGUGAUCAGAGCCGCACCGGUGCUCUCGCCUGAGAGCGCCAUGCUCGGGGGGCGAGCUGCUCUGGGUGGGGGUGCGGGGGGGACGUACAGCUUAGAAACUCUACCAAAUAAAAGCAUUUGUGGGAGCCAAAGGACAGCCAGACACGGACUCGCAGCUUGGGUGGAACAAAGCUCUGGCCAUUGCAGAGCUCUUCAGUCUCUGGAGGUGGGGCAGCAAGCCAGGAGAGAUGCCUUCCCAGUUUGGUCAGCAGCCUGGCAAACCCCAGAUUAGCAGACACUCCAGGUUCCUAGUAACUGCACCACUGAAUUCGACUAGAGGUUGUGGCCUUAUCAGGAACAUCUCUUCCCGGAGAGCUGGGAUCCACCAGGAAAGGUUGCGUAUCAGGAACAAGGGGGCUCUGAACACCCAACCCCAGUGGGUGCAGCUGAGACCUUCUCGCCUUUCUGCUGAUCUGGAGGGCAGCACCCGCUCUGCAGAUCCUGCCCGCUCCUCCAUUCUUGCACCAGACGUGCUGGCUUUCCCCUGCAUGGGGAAAUUGUCCCAGCACUGCUGAUGGGCGCAAGGUGGAGAAACGGGUGGGAUUUCCAGUGGAUCCCCGAUGCCUGUACUCUGGGCCAGAACCGGCCUGGCCAAAUCUGCCUUUUUUCAUGGUUGAGUAAAAUGGUGGUUUUGUUAUCAUGGUCAAGGAUCAGCAAGUAACAUCUGUGUCUGGGCUAGGCCAUUUCCAUGGCAGCUUUGCACAGGCGAAUGGGGUGCGUCUCGGCGGAGGGGAUGGGGGUUUGCUACAGGGAUGAAUUGGCAGCUUGGGCUAAAGAUUAAGAGCCAGCUCCUCACUGGCUGGAAAUCGGCGUCUCUCCGUUGACUCGGAUGAGAGCCUCCGCCGGCGUAAAUGGAUGUGGCGUCACUGAAGUAGACAAUGGAGUAGAGCCCCAGUUGGUGUAAACCAGUAAAGCCCCGUUGGCUUCAGUGGAGCGAUGCCAGUUUAGACCCGCUGAGGAUGUGGCCCCGUAGGUGUCCUUGCCUGCCCCUGACACUGAGCUGGAGGAGAGACGGCACCGCAGGGUCCCUAGAAGCCUGCCCCCUACCACGGUGCAUGGAUAGCACUGGCCUGUGCGAGGUCUCACUGUGUGGCUGGGGGCUAAGGGGUUGGUUCCAAACUGGCACCUCUGGCAAGGCACUUCACUCAGUGCCCCAGGGGGAAACUGUCCGGGAUCCUGGAGGGCUCCCUGAACCCUCCGACGGCAGCCUGGCUUGAUUUGCCAGUGAGGACCAUUGAUGAUAUAGCACCCUAGGUUCCCAGAGUCCCAGUCAGCGGAACCACUUGCUCUCUGUCGCCCCAGGGUGCUGCUCCCCUGUGGACACCUCAGAUGAUAUUGCAAAGGCAGGCAUUUCUCCCAGGACUUGGAGCUGCCAGGCGAGAUCGUUCUCAGCCCUCGGGAUCGGGGGGGGGAGUAUCGCUGGAGUCCCCAGGAGCUUGGAUCCCUAGAGCAGUCCUUGCUCAGUUCCCCUCCACCUACCCCCCUCCAUGGGAAAGCCCGGGCUCCCAGCUUCCCCGUCAGCGACCAUGUGGUCACCUUUGUUUGGAAAAAGCCUUUUGUUGGUUCCAGCCGCUUGUCUUUCCCAGUUGGAGCGUUCCCAGCGUUGAUCAGCCAAAGCCAUUCCCCUCUUCGAGCCCAUCUGGAAGCUGGAGCUGGGCCGGGGCCAGGCACUCGCAGAACCCUUGGCUUUAAUGAAUGGAAAAUUGUUCCAUUUUUAAGCGCACAGGUGUGCGCUGGAGAAAGUGCAUUUUGGGCCAGGGCUGGCCCAGAGCCCAGCUCCCCCUUCGCUCUGCCUUGAGGCAGGAAUCCACGCCCUGCCUUCCUGAAGGCGGCUCGGCUCCCCUGGAGCAGCGUCCCCCCCAGUGCAUGUGCCCCAGGGGAGCCUUUCACCUCGCUGACCCUGCUGAUGGGACCCUGCAGGGGUGAGCUCACCAUGGCGUGAGACUGCUGGGCCCCUCCACGCCGACCCCAGCUCGGGAAGGGCCCCAGAGCGACGUCUAGCUCAGUCGCGCAGUGCUAGCAAGGCAGGCCGGGAUUAGGUUCCCAAGGCUGUCAGGCCCUGAGCCUCAGAGGAAUUUAGGUGCCUAACUUCCAGGAUCUGGGCCUCAGCUCCACCAGGCCCCACUGAAUGUGAGCCUGAGGCUCCCUAGCAGGGCACAGGGCACCAACACUUGAGGUGGUGACCCCCCCCCCCAUUCCCUAGGUAGGCUGCCUCUGAGGAGGGGCUGUUCCUGUGGCCUGACGGCUCUCCCCACCCCAUGUCACUCUCUGUCCCCACAUCUCGUCCAUGCCCCCGUCAGCACGGGGGAAGGGGACCGGAUCGGGGGGUAACUAACCCUGAGCACCUCGGCUCUGUGCCGGCAGGUGUGGCGGAGAACUGGGGCCCCGGCAGUAGCGCGAGAGGCCGUGUCCCCCGGGCAUGGGGGCUCAUGGUGACAUCCCGCCAGGCCCUGCCCUAUCCCUUGUGGUGUCUGUCUGUGUCUCUCUCUCGUGUGUGCACGUGUGUUUGGUUUUUUUUUUUAACGUCCAUGCUGGUCAUGUUUAACUGCUACACAAUAAAUCCUACCAAACCAGCCGUGGGCCGCUGUCUCGUGCGUCCCCUGCCCCGGCCCCCUCCCCGGCCUGCCCUUAGCAUGAGUCCAUUAAGCCCAGGAGCAGUUUGCUGCAGUUCCACUCGCCUCUUGCUGCACCCCUCUGCCCUGGGGCCUGUGGUGGCCCAGCCCUGCCCUGGUGCUGAGCACCUGCUGCUCCAUUUUAGCAGGUUCCUGGGUGCUCUGCAACUUACAGGGUGAGGGCCCUGGGUCGGGGGGGCACUGGCCGAGCCUGAGAUGGGCAGGACCAGGCAUGGAGAUAGUAACAGUCCACCCUGCCUUGGAGCUGCAGAGCCUUGGGCUGGCCCUGGGCACCAGGCCUCCCUCACAAUCGGGGUGGGGAUGAGGUUGGGACUGGGCCCCAGGGCUCGGGAAGAGCUGCUGCUGACAGCUAUUGCUACAGCAAAUACCCCUCUGUCUCCUUCAUCCUGAUUUAUGGCACCCAAGCUGCCCCUCCGGCCUUUGAAUACCUUCCUGAAGGAGCCAGUCUUU